CGACCUUUCUUCAUUCAUCAAUGGCGGACCCGGCGAAGACUGAGGAGAAGCGGCGGGCAUGGGGCGACGAGGACGAGGAAGAGGACUCUUCGUCGGUAGCGUCCUCUUCCUUGGUAACGGCAGCUUCGGUGGCGGCCGAGGGUAAGGCCGCUGAGGGCGAGGCCUCCGAGCUCAAGAAGAUCGAGGAGCUCUCGAUCACUGAGAAGAGCCGUACGCUAGAUGAUCCCGAGGACUCUGAGAUCAAGGCGGUUACUUCGGGAAACACAGUUUAUGAGGCUGCUGUGAAGUUUGAGGAUCUUAACCUGUCCCAAGACCUGAUCAAAGGACUUUAUGUUGAGAUGGGUUUCACUCGCCCUAGCAAGAUUCAGGCAGUGUCUCUACCUAUGAUUCUGACUCCGCCAUACAAAGAUCUUGUAGCUCAAGCACAUAAUGGUUCUGGUAAAACCACUUGUUUUGUGCUUGGCAUGCUGAGCAGAGUUGACCCGACUAAAGAAGGACCACAAGCCAUGUGUAUUUGUCCUACUAGGGAACUGGCACAACAGAAUCAAGCUGUUCUCAUGAGGAUGGGAAAGUACAGUGGUAUAACUUCAAUGUGUGCUAUACCAUCAGAGUCUGCAGGCUAUAUACCUGUUUAUAAGCGUCCAGAGGUAAAAGAGCAUGUUGUCAUUGGCACUCCAGGCACUAUUAAAAAACUGAUGACUGGGAGGAAGUUGAAGACAGGGAAUAUCAAGAUACUUGUUUUUGAUGAGGCAGAUCACAUGCUUGCAGAAGGUGGUUUUAAGGAUGAUUCUGAAAGAAUUAUGAAGGAUAUUAGAAAAGAAAGUGGAGGAUGCCAGGUGCUUCUAUUCUCUGCUACAUUCAAUGAAACUGUUAAAGCAUUCGUAUCGAAUGUUGUCCGGGAUGGAAACCAGAUAUUUGUGAAGAAAGAAGAUCUCACUUUGGAAAAAGUUAAACAGUACAAGGUUAAGUGUUAUCGAGACCGUGAACGUCCAGAUGAGCGUCUCAAAAUAGAAGUGAUAAAGAAGAUUCUUGAAUAUGGACAGAAGGUAGGGCAGACGAUUAUAUUUGUUCGAACAAAGGAGAGUGCCAGAAAUUUGCACAAGCAACUGUCUAGUGAGGGUUACGAGUGCACAUCCAUUCAAGGUGCUCUUGUUAUUGAGGACAGAGACAAAAUAAUCAAAGAAUUUAAAGAUGGAUUAACCCAGGUCCUUAUAACAACUGAUCUCCUUGCUAGAGGUUUUGAUCAAGCACAGGUUAAUUUGGUUGUCAACCAUGAUCUUCCCGUAAACUAUGAGUCCUAUAGACGAGGAUCACCUGAGCCUGAUUGUGAGGUGUACUUGCAUCGAGUUGGUAGAACUGGGCGUUUUGGUCGCAAGGGUGCUGUGUUCAAUUUGCUCGGUAGCAGAGAUGACGAGGCUUUGUUGGAGAUGAUCGAGAACCAUUUCCAGCACAAAAUUCCUAUGGUGGAUAAUGGCCAGAAUGACGAUAGUAUUGUAAACGCCAUUAAAGAUGCUGGUUUGUUAUAGAAAUUUCUGUCAGACUUUACAUUUCAGCAUCCUUUAUCAGAGACUUCAGGAGGCAAAUACAUGCAGAUGCUCAUUUGCAACUGGUUUUUGCUGUUUUGUUAUUGGUUCCAAAUUUGAGUUAAUGGAGUAAAAAAACUUUUUAGAAAGAGUUGAGUGGUUAAAAACCCCUCUUUUAAAUUGCUCUGUUACAUGGAUGCCAUUUGAUUAUCGAUGCACCUGUAUUUCAGAAAUUCUUGUGAACAAAGUGGUAUAUCAUGAUGUGUAUUAAUUUGAAGCA